AUGGACAGUACCGGCCACAGCGUCCUCCUCCUCCAGCAGCUGAACAUGCAGCGGGAAUUUGGGUUUCUGUGUGACUGCACGGUUGCCAUAGGAGAUGUUUACUUCAAAGCCCACAGAGCGGUGCUCGCUGCUUUCUCAAACUAUUUUAAGAUGAUAUUUAUUCAUCAGACGAGUGAUUGCAUAAAGAUUCAGCCUACAGACAUCCAGCCUGACAUAUUUAGUUAUUUGCUGCAUGUCAUGUACACUGGAAAGGGGCCAAAGCAGACUGUCAGCCAGAGCCGACUGGAGGAGGGCAUCCGCUUUCUGCAUGCAGACCACCUCUCCCAUAUCGCAGUCGAGAUGAACCAAAUGUUCUCCCCAGAGCCAGUCCAGUCUUCAAACUUGUAUGGCAUCCAGAUCUCAACUGCACACAAACCAGCAAAGGAACGCCUGGGAGUGAAGGAGAGUCUGCCCAAGGUGGGCAGCAGGUCCACUGCCCAGGGUGAUCAUCCACAGCUGCAGCUCUCUCUUGCCAUUGGCCUGGAUGACAGUUCCCUGGACCAGCAGGUUGCUUGCCCCUCCACUCAUCCUGCUGCUCUCACCAAGCCAGCAGAAGAGCAUCCAAAGCUAUCUGUCUCCAUAAAGCAGGAGAGGUGUGAUUCAGAGCCUGUAGUGUCCCAGAGCUGCACUCCUCUUUCUCCAGAGGUAACAAGCCCCAUCUUUGCCAAGGCUGGCCUCAAAGUGCACUUGUGUCACUACUGCGGGGAGCGAUUCAACUCCUGGGGUGGGCUGCGGCAGCACUUGCACACCCAUGUUUCUGGCUCACUGCCAUUUGGUGUGCCAGCCUCCAUCCUGGAGAGCAGUGACCUGGGGGAGGUGCAGCCUCUGGGGGAUGUGCAGCCUCUGGCUGAGGACAGAGAGGCAGGGGAUGGCCACCGGAUUGGGGCCUUCCUCCUCAAGGACGAUGAGCAUCAGCUGGAGCAUCUGAGCUGCAGUGACCUGGAGCCUCUGCAGAUUGGCCAGCUCUCUCUCAUCUCCAAGGAACAUGAACCGAUGGAGUUGAACUGUAACUUUUCUUUCUCAAGAAAGAGAAAAAUCAGUUGCACUGUCUGUGGCCGCACAUUUUUCCGUAAGAGCCAGCUGCUGGAACACAUGUACACACACAGAGGGAAACAGCACAGAUACAGCCGCUGCCAGCGGCUGGAGAGCCCUGCAACCCCCAGGUUUCAUCCUUACUGUGACAGUGAGAGCAUGGGGAAGAGCUCCAGUUUACCCCAAGACCACUUAGAUGAAUGUAUACUGGAGUCAGAUCUCAUCCAAGAAAGUGUUGAUACAAUCCUGGUAGAGUAG